AAGCCCCGGAUCUGGUAUACACUGCUUGAUGGACUCUAAUCGCGUAAAUAAGUCGCAAUGGAAGCAGGGCAAAUCUAAAGAUUUUAAUUUCUAGAUUUAGAUUAGACCUAGAAUUUAGAUCACAGCAGUUACCAUCAUCUGAUGUGGAAUAUUUUGCAGCCAGAAUAGCAUCUGCUAAAUGCAGUUUGUCCAUUUUCUGGCAUUAUUUGUUAAAAAGUUCAAAUGAAAGCUAUACUUAUGAGUACUAAGACAGGAAGUGGCAAAUCUCCACAAUGUAAAGUGUGUGGGGAUGAAUCAUCAGGUUUUCAUUAUGGAGUUGAUUCUUGUGAAGGAUGUAAGGGCUUUUUCAGAAGAUGCAUCACUCAAGGAAUGACUCAUAAAUGUGCAAAUGAUGAAAAAUGUGAGAUAACUCCUUUCACAAGAAACAGUUGUCAGUAUUGCAGACUGAAGAAAUGCUUUGAAGUCGGGAUGUCAAGAGAAGCUUCUCGUCUGGGUCGUAGACCAAAAAGGUUGAAAGAUGCAAGUGGGGAAACAAGUAGAACACAUACUACAAAUCUUCCAAUUGCUCCAUAUCCUUCUCCUCAAGAGCUAUAUCGACUAAGAAUGGCAGAACUUCAAAAGUUGCUACAGGCUAAUGGAACAUUUAAAGCUGAAUUAAUGCAGGCAUUCCUUUCUGCUGCACAGCAGAGUUUUCGUGAGCACUCAAAAUCAGGGGGCAGUCAUGGAUGUAUGAGUACAUCUAUUAACUCAGCAAAUGUUUCUUCAGAUAAAAAUCCUAUAGCUAGUCCUCCCACACCCAGUGGUAUUCAUAAUUCUGAUGUAAAAGAUAUAGAAAGUCCUUCCUCAAUUGAAGCACCUUCACCUUUUCCAGAUCUAGUUACUGCUGAUUUAAGUCCAAUUCCUUUGGUGGGCAGUAAUAACAUGCCUACAUUAUUCAUGGCCCAGGACAGUAACAAAAAUUCAGUAUAUUCUCCUGGAGAUCAAUUACUUAAUGACAACUUGCCAUCACCAUUCAAUACUUCCUAUGAAUUUAUAGAUACAAAUUCACCUUCAACGUUUAUGGCAUUCAAUCAAAGUACUGUGACCUCUCCCAAUUGUAAUCUAAGUCCUACCUCUAAUGGCAGUAAAAAUAACUUUGAGCAUACAGUGAAAUCAGCUGAAAUGGAUAGUAACAGGUUCUUGAAUAUUAAUGUCAAUUCAUCCACAAUGCAACCACCAAGUUGCAACAAAUUAGAGACUGACACAUCAUUUAUUAAACAAGAACCACUGGUUAAGCAGGAACCAUUUUUUAAACAAGAACCUUGUGAAAUAAAUUGUGAUCAGUCAAGUUUACCGAUAAACUCUAUUGACGUUGCUCGAAUCAUGGCAGAGGUACAUGAAACUCCUACAGACCAAAGAAGACUACUUAUUGACCAAGUAACAGAUGCUAUAGUUGAAGCUCACAUGGCUACUACCAUUAAUACCCAUGCUAAUGUCUUGGAAGCCAAUGCCAGGAUAGAGAGAAUGAAAACAUCUAAUGAAAUA